CCCAACGACCUCGCCAUGGACCCUUACAAGCCUUCUGUCAUUCAUGAUGAAGGGGCUGAAAUUAUCAAGCCCACUGACAUCAAUGACAUCCAUCAUAUUCGAGUGCCCCUGACAGAAGAAGACAGCAAACGCAUCGCUCGCAAAACCGACAAAACCAUCCUCGUCAUUCUGAUUUGGGUAUAUUUCCUCCAGAUUCUCGACAAAACCGUCCUGGGAUAUGGUGCCACCUACGGGCUGGAAGAGGACACCCACCUCACCGGAAACCAGUACUCGCUGGUGGGCUCCAUGGCCCCCAUCGCCCAGCUGGCAUGGCAACCGUUCUCCUCCUGGCUGAUCGUGACCGUGCCCCCGAGGAUCCUCAUGCCCACCCUGGUGCUCGGAUGGGGCAUUGCGCAGACCUGCAUGGCGGCCUGUAGCAACUUCGGCGGACUGAUGGCCACGCGGUUCUUCCUCGGUCUGUUCGAAGCCGGCUGUCUCCCCCUCUUCAGUCUCCUCACAAGUCAGUGGUAUCGACGUGCCGAGCAACCCAUCCGCGUGGCGGCCUGGUACAGCACGAAUGGACUGGCGACCAUCAUCGCAGCGGUGCUAUCAUUCGGCCUGGGCCAUAUCAAGUCGGGCGUGAUGAAGGAAUGGCAAAUCAUCUUCCUCGUCGUCGGCCUCAUCACCAUCAUCUCCAGCCCCAUCGUCUACUGGAAACUCGACAACGACAUUCCCUCCGCGCGCUUCCUCACCGAAGAAGAAAAGCUGCAAGCCAUGGAACGUCUCCGGGCGAACCAAACCGGCGCCGGGAUACGCGAAUUCAAACUCGACCACGUCUGGGAAGCGGCCCUCGAACCCAAGACCUACCUCUGGGCCAGCAUGGCCCUGCUCCUCAACAUCGGGGCAUCCGUCUCCAACGUCUUCGGCCCGUUGAUCCUCAGCGGCCUCGGCUUCGACACCUACACCACCACCCUCCUGAAUAUGCCCUUCGGCGCCGUCCAAGUCAUCGUCAUCCUACUGGCCAGCUACCUCGCCCAAAAGGGUCGUCUCAAGGGCGUCGUCCUCGCCGUGCUCAUGCUCCCCGUCGUCGCCGGUCUGGCGAUCCUCUACGCCGUCCCUCGCAAUGACUCCUCCUCCACCGGCGCCCUCAUGGCAGGGUACUACCUCAUCGCGUUCCUCUUCGGCGGCAACCCCCUGAUCAUCAGCUGGGUCGUGGCCAACACGGCCGGCACGACCAAGAAAUCCGCCAACAUGUCCCUCUACAACGCGGCCGUGUCAGCGGGCAACAUCAUCGGCCCGCUACUCUUCAAUGAGCAAGAUGCCCCCGCGUACCGACCGGGGUUGCGCGCCUGCGUGGGGAUCUUCAUCGCGUUGAUCGUGGUGUUUUUACUCCAGUGGGUGAAUCUCUGGGUGCUGAAUAAGAUGCAGGAGAAAUGCCGCGUGCGGAAUGGGAAGCCGGCCAAGGUGGUGGAUGUGUCGAUGCAGAGUCAUCAUCGGGUGGGGAUGGGGAUGGAGAAUGCCCUGGAGGCGAAUGGGGAGGUGCCGGUGGGGGAGAAUGGGUUGAUGGAUUUGACGGAUCGGAAGAAUGAGGAUUUUGUGUAUGUUUAUUAGCUGCUUGCUUUGGUUCGGUGGUGGCUGUUAUGAUUGAUGAAUGAAUGAAUUAGUUGAGUU